AUGCCCGAACUCAUCAGCGAUGAAGGGACCCUCGUGCCCAAGACUCCCAAAGAGGUCUUCGGGGUGGCAAACGAACUGGGGGUGCAGGGUCGUCUCGUCAAUAACGCCCUGCACCCCAUAGGAGAACUGGCUAGCCUUCUAAACCUGGGUAUUCGCUUUGGGGACUCCCAGUACGGAAUCAAUAGUGUUCUCGUUGAGGGCGAUGCGCAGAAGAAGGGAGAGACAAAGAAAGAGGCCAAGCGCAAUAGAGGCCAACAGCAGGCUGUCGCGGCAGGGGACAAGCUUGUGCCAGACGUGGUAGUAGCGGACAUUAAGAUUCAUGCUAUUCGGAUCUUGGGCGAAGUUAAAACCUUUUGGAGGUUUGAACCGAAAAAAGGACGGACGUGGGAGGAGUUUAUCGCCGACAAGAUGGGGCAGCUGACGCGCUACAUGGACGACAGUUACGCGACAUAUGGCUUCUUCAGUAUAUACGAAAGGACCUGGUUUCUGAAACGUGUGGGUGAGAACAAGUUCGCCCUGUCCCCAGCAAUAGACUUUAAGGCAAAACCCAGCGCCACCGAUGUCUCCAUCCGGGAAUGCUUCUUCGCAAUUGCCCUCAGAGCGGCCGAUGUUGCGGAGAGCCGAUACGACUAG